AAAUCUAUUCUCGUCCAUUCUCGUCCCUACUGCCAAGUGCCAUCUCAUCGCCUCAGCAAGUACUCAGAAGGGCUCCCCAGUAAUUUUCACCAUGACUUCCAACUCCGAAUGGGCUUCCAAGCCCUUCGCUCUCUGCUCUACUCCCACGGCCGCUCUGCCAGAAGGGCAAAAGGAUGAGGGGGUUGAAUGCUCACUGACGGCCCCCGGCCCCAGCCCGACAUGUUCGACGACCUAGCCUCCACCAUGGCCGUGGUCCACAACAUCAUGAUCCGCUGCCUCAACAGCAUCCACCAACAAGCCCCCCACGUCCGGGCGGCCGACGUGCCCGCUUUCCUCAACUACGCCCUCACCUGGUGCCAGAUGCUGCAGCUCCACCACGACGGCGAAGAGGAGAUGUGCUUCCCCGCCGUCGAGCGCAUGGCCGGCGAGCCGGGCCUCAUGGAGACGAACGUCGAGCAGCACGCCGCGUUCCACGACGGGUUCGAUGCGUUCAAGACGUACCUGGAGGCGUCCCAGAAGGGGGAGGUGGCGUUUGAUGGCCAGAGGGCACGGGAGCUCAUCGAUGAGUUUGGCCCGUCGUUGACGCAGCAUCUGCAUGAUGAGGUCCCUACGCUUUUGGCGCUUCGGCGGUUUGGGCUGGAGAAGAUGAAGGACCUUCCUAAGGUUUUUGAGGAGGAGGCUCAGCAAAAUAUGGGCAAAGCUGGUAUGGCCGCUGGCGGUAUGUUGGCAUUCAUGUCCCACGACGUGACCUUCGAGGGGGGCCUAUGGAAGAACUUCCCCCCUGUUCCCUGGAUCAUCUUGGUUAUCAUCCGCAAUACCGUAUAUUGGGUCCAUUCGGACUGGUGGAAGUUUGCGCCCGUCGAUCGAUACGGACAGCCUCAGCCUCAGUAUGCUCGGCCAGAACAGUCUUGAGGUCGUGGGAGCUAUGGAGGUCGGAAGGUGGAUGAACCUUCUGUGGUCAAACACAUAAAGCGAUUGAGCAUUUCUUUUUGUCCUUUCCUUUUCUUUAUUUUAUUAUUUCUCCUUACCUAUUGGGUCUCUGGACACCUACUGUAUGAAGCUCUUCUGGCUUAUGGCAUACCUUUUCGAGACCAGUACCUGCCUUACCUUUAGGUACCUUAGAUACCUAGGUAGGUAGUUAUGAGAGAUACCUUCUACUUCUCACGAGGCAGCAUCAUGUCAUUGUCCCCUCG